AUGGAGAUCGAAAACCCUCAGCCCUAUUUCUUCGGAGACAUCGGCUGCUGGUCGGAGAGGACAGAUGUGCACAAGGCGGCCUCCGAGGGUCAGGCGUCCAAGCUGCAGCGCCUCAUCCAGGGCGGAGCCUCGGUCAACAUUGUGGCACUGGACUCCAUCACGCCGCUGCACGAGGCCUGUCUCUCGGGACACACCCAGUGUGUACGGCUGCUGCUGGACGCUGGAGCGCAGGUGGAUGCGAGGAACGUGGACGGCGGCACCCCUCUGUGUGACGCCUGUUCAGCUGGAAGUCUGGACUGCGUCAGUCUGUUGCUGGAGCGUGGGGCCAUGGCCAACCCCACUCUCACCUCGCACACAGCCUCACCUCUCAUCGAGGCCUGCGUGUCAGGUAACUCGGACUGUGUGAAGCUCCUGAUUGCCGAGGGUGCUUGUCUGGAGUCGUACGACCUUUACCUCGGGACCCCGCUGCACGUGGCUUGUGUUAACAAACACACAGAUUGUGUUAAAGUGCUGCUUAAUGCAGGUGCUAAAGUGAAUGCUGCCAGGCUGCACAACACUCCGCUGCACCACGCUGCUAAAAACAAGCGAGUGGAGCUGAUACAGACUCUGGUGGAGUACGGGGCCAAUAUCUACGCCAGAGACCAGAACGACAGGAAACCAGUGGACUACACCACACCAGGCUCUCCCUCUGCAGCCUGCUUAAAGUUUUAUGAGACCACUCCCAAGAGUCUGCAGGAGCUCGGCAGGUUGGCGGUGAGGCAGACGCUCGGCACCGAAGGUCUGAAGGCCGUGGAUCAGCUGGACAUACCGAAGCUCCUGAUCAGCUACCUCUGCUAUCAGUGAGAGCCACCGGGAGGAGGAGUAGGAUCCAAGCUCAAAAGAAAGGCUGGACUUUCACAGAGCUGCUGCUACAUUCUCACAAAUAACAUAGGUUAGUGUCAAUCCCAGCAUUCUCAAAACUUGAAUCAAAAUUUCACAGAUCGCAGUCGAGACAGAGGAGCGUAUCUCAGCUUCUGUGAUGGAAAUUCAAUUUAUGUGCUGUAUUUGCCCAGUUAAAUGUGCAAGUUUAGGAGCAACUGCAGUAACGUAUACUUCGGGCUAGGGGCUGUUUUUUUUGCUUCUUUUAAUUCCUUGGACUGUGCCAUAGUCGAGGAUAACUGAUAUGGCAUGUUGGACAUCCAAAAACAUCCUGACAAAAAUACUAGCAUGUGAUGAUGUGUUCUGUGACACUGACACACCGGAGCACAAGGUACUCCUCUACACAUCCGUACACAUGGAGAAGUAGAAGAAGGUUUGUGCCACAUACGACCACCUAAGGGCGGCUGUGGCUGAUGGGUAGAGUGGUCGUCCUCCAACCUGAAGGUCGGCAGUUCGAUCCCCAGUCUGACCCAUCUGCAUGCCGAAGUGUCCUUGGGCAAGAUGCUGAACCCUGAAUGGCCCCCCCAUAGAAUAACAAAGUGCUGCGAAUAGAUGCACUUUAUGAAUGUGUGUGUGAAUGGGUGAAUGUAAAACUGUACUGUAAAGUGCUUUGAGUGGUCAUCAAGACUAGAAAAGCGCUAUAUAAAUACAAAACCAUUUACCAUUAUUCUUGCAUAGUGUCCAUCGAGAGAGGCAGAAAUAGUGUUGGACGGUGCCGACAUUUGUAGGACUGGGUUCUAGGCUCUGAGUUCUAGGCUCUGAUUGGCUGCAUUAACAGAAAGAGCACAGACUGAAUGGAAUGCAAAGUGUUUCAUACAAAAAACACGGGUCACAAUCAACCAUAUAAACACUAUGAUCACAGUCGCACCAUUUCCUGAUCUGUUUAUUGGAAGUCAGCGCUUUAUAGUGUGUGUGUAUAGACAAACUAGUUAGAUAUGGACAUUUAUAGUGACCUUACAACAGGAAAUGACUCCUCAUCAGCAGCUUUUCUUUAUUGAUCUCUUACCACUGCUCCUUUGUUUCCUUUACUGCCUGGGUAAAGGAAACAAGGGGUAUUGUUUUCAAUAGAGCUGCCAACAUGUAAUAUUAUUUAAAUGUUUCAGCUAUUAAAGUCUUAAAUAGCGUCUAUUAAUGUUUGACAUUUGUGUAAAUGGAAACAGAAAGAAUAGAACAAGACAAAAAUAAGCAUCUUAUUUUAGAGAUGACUGUAGAUGGGUAUGUAUUUAACUAGAGAACAAGUGAGAGAGGAAUCAGGAGAGACUAACGGAGACAGAGGAUUGAAGGUGGGGAAGGUGAGGAAUUGUUGAACUCAAGACCAAAACAUAUACACUCCUUUCUUCAGUGCUCCUUCAGAAGCUCCACCUCUCACACACGUGCACGCGCAUUGCCAAGGUGCACCACUGAUCUCAAGUCAUUACAUGUCCAGUGUCUCAUUCUCUCAUCCUUCUAUGGUAGAAGGCGGAGGAAGGAUCACAUUAUCUUGUUUGGGAUGUGAUCACAAGAAGCCAACGGGAACAGUGUUGUGGUGUUUGGGUCGUCCAGCUUUCAAAGCCAGGCCUGUGUAUUUAAACCUGAUUUCUUUCAGCGCUUCCACAGAUCGUCCAGCCAGCAGACCAUGAGGAGAUAUCAGCAGAAUUGGAUAAAAAGUGUAUUGGAUUAAUAUCACUUA